GUGGGAAAGCCAACAUUUCUACCAGUCCGCCCAGUGGAUAUCCAGCAAUGUAUGGGGUUUUCAAUUGUCGCCCAGCGAGGGGCAGCCUCGGGCUGGCAUAAGGAUCAGAACGGAGUUUCUACCGUGUUAACACUUGAGGGACACAAUGACAACAGCAAGCCAGAAGACGUCGUUAAAUACUGGCCAGUGUUUCCAAUUAACCGCUUUGGGCCAGAAGGCAUUUCAAAAUGGCUUCAUGGAGCAUGGUGAGAACUGGCGACCAGAACUACAAGGGCCACAAAUACCAGUCAUUGCACUAGUGUGUGGGGAUACUCUUAUUCAACCACCUGGUACUAUACAUGCCCCUAUAACCCUCACUGAUUGCAUGUUUACUGGUACAAUGGUUUGGCGAGAACGAGAUUUGAAACUUUCUUUGACAGAAUGGCUUUUCCUCGCAAACAAUGGCAGUUGUACAAACGAACAUUUACCGCAGCAAACUCCAGAAAUCUUACAAUACUUACUGCCUCGGGUAAAACUUGAGCCGGAAAAGUUUGGGUAUGCGGUUGAAGAGCUCCCACAGCUCGAAGAGACCUCUACCGAAGAGGAGGCAUAA